CGACGGAGACCAGAACCCGAAGCGAACCCAAUUGCAAGGGAAUCCCGAAGCAGGAUUGCCAAUCGGAAAUUACUCCUUGUGGAUUUUUUGCGCCAGUUUUACAUCGACAUCAUGCUGAACACCGUGGACUUCAGCGCUUUGGAUCUGCUUUGCGCGCAAAGCCUUCCUCUGGAGGGACGACCCGCGGCUCAGAGUCAACCUGAUGCUGCUUGCGGUUUGCUGAAGCCCAAAGCGGAGCCGCUGGACGCCGGCUUCCCCGACUGCUCCAACGACGGCUUCCCGCCGUCGCCGCUCACCUACACCGGCAGCUUCUACGCGGAGACCGGGCCGUGCAGCGCGGACGCGCUCCUCAGCAUCCUAACGGAGAUCGUCGGCAUCUCGGACAACUUCUCCGGUAACUCUCGCGGAGGCGCGCUGUCGCGCCAGGAGUCGCUGUUGUCCACCGGCAGCUCGCUAGGCUCGCCGGACUCGCUGUGCAACGACUCCUUGGACGAGUUCGCGGAGGCGAGCUCCCGCGUCAAGAGCGAGUUCGGCGGCGGCUGCUGCAACGGCGGAGACCCGUUCGACGGAUUCGCGUCUCACGAGCCGUCAGACUUGGAUGACAUCAUUGACCUGCUCUCCCCGCUGGGUCCCGAGACCGACUCGGUUUUGGACACGUGGAUCAAGCAGGAGCCGCUGGACCCGGCGAGCGCGCUAAACUUCCAGAUCCCCGUCGCGGCGCACGAGAGCAGCCUCUACCGGACGAUCUCGUACCCGUGCGCCACCACCGCCUUCCUGGACUCGCUGCUGGCCACCAACGCGCGGAGCGCCAAGCCGCGCGGCAGGAAGGGCGCGGCGCGCGAGAAGCCCUUCACCUGCCCUGUGGAGAACUGCGAGCGCCGCUUCUCGCGCUCCGACGAGCUCAACCGCCACGUGCGCAUCCACACCGGCCACAAGCCCUUCCAGUGCCGCGUCUGCCUGCGCUGCUUCAGCCGCAGCGACCACCUCACCACGCACAUGCGCACGCACACCGGCGAGAAGCCCUUCUCCUGCGACGUGUGCGGCCGACGCUUCGCGCGCAGCGACGAGAGGAAGCGUCACGGACGCGUGCACCUCAAGCAGCGCGAGCGCAUGCAGCAGAAGUCGGAGCUCCUGGCGGCGGCGUGCGCGUUCACCCUCCCCGGACUCGCGUGAGCUCGCGGCGCGUUCGGCCGCUCCCCGAGGUUUAUCGCCGGCUGGCUCGCUGGCUCGCACGCGGCGCGUGCAACGCAUGUAGCUCACGCGGUCCGACGGCCGGAAGCGGAAGAGUGCACAGCGAGCUCGGCCCGCGAGGGAACGCUUUGAAACUCUUCGUCCGCGGAGCCGGGCGCGUUUCAGCACUUCCGGUGGACAGCGGAAGCCGCUUGAGAAAGCGUCGAGAACGUCGAUGUCGUUUCUGAAGUCUCCUGCAUGUCUCGAUGUUCCACACCGCUCCACCGCGCUGGCAUGCGACGCGUCCUUGUCUUUUGAUACACGAUCACUUUAUAAAGCACACGAGAAGAGCUCUAUAUAUUUGUACGUCACUGACCGUCAUUUUGUAUCGUCGAUUUUCAAGAGCACGCGCGAGGAAUCUCUCUUGUAGAUGUUCACGAGCGAUUGUAUUCCACUUUUGACAGUAGAAUGUGUUUGGUUGGUUCUUGGGAACCUGACGCGCUAGAGUAUUUAAACUUCAACGUCGUAGUUGAGUCGCAGUAGCACACUUGGCUGUGCAGAUUGGCCCCUGGAUCGUCCCGGGGCCCUUUCGAUAUUAUUGUCUCUCUGCCUUUGAAAACCGUUCUCGUGCAAUGAAACGCUGUUAAACGCCUUGUGAAUAUUUGAGGCCACUGAAUGUUUCAAAUAAAACUUUAUUUAUUGA